AUGUGGCAAAGUUGUUUUUUAGUGGCCGACUUAGGUCGCGUGGUCCGUGCAGAGGCAUGGAUUCUACGCAAGUUGGUGUACCUGUUCAACCGAGCAGCCAAGAGGGGCCACAGGCCCCGGGAGGCAGGGAUUCGGGAAUUGAUGCAGGUUGCUGGCAUCGACGUUCCUGAUUUGAGUCCACGAGGUCCCCGACCAAAAUGUGAACUUGGUGAAGAACCAGAGCCCAAUGACCCAGCUGAUGAUGGCGAUGAAGAUGGGGAUGAAGAUGAGGAAUGGGAGGAGGAAGAGGCAGAGGAUGACCCGACCGUAGAACCCCAUGAAGAGCCUAUGGAUGAUGAUAAGGACAGUAGUGAUGAUGAUACCAACGACGAUGAGUGGCAGAGUCGACUUCCACCCGGUGUCCAUGACAUUGUCAAGUGCCGGGUGAAUGGUGGGGAAUGUCGGAAAUGUGGAAAAGUGGGGUCCUGGGAUUUCAUCAAGUCCGCCCCGUGUCAACCAUGUGUCCCAGCCAAUGUGGCCAUUCCCAACAGUGAACCAGGUCCACCACCAGUUUCCGGACAUGGGGAAAAUUUGGGAAAGAUGUUGGAUGAAGCUUUAAAAAAUGGGGAUGAGGAAGCUGCUUUUGAGAUAGUAGCAAAGAUGGAAACUCAACAAGCUGAAGAAUCGUUACAAGACCAACAGCUGAUCUUAGAACUCAUGGAACAAGAGCUGGAACUGAUGGAUGCCAUGGAACAGCUAGAGACGUUAGAAUCUCUCCAAAGACUUGAGGAUGAAGAGGCAGAGCUUGAACAAGCCAUACUUCUUUCAAAGCAACCUUUGGAAAAAGUAGACCCAAAAAUUGCCUUGCGACCACCUGCAACGCCCUGCAAUUCCUCUACGACACCACCGGUGGUGCACAAGCCUGUGGUUGCCCAGCCUCCCUCUGUGUGUCCAGACAAUCUCGACACCCUGCCGAUGCCCACCUUGGAGAUUGAACUUCCAGUUGAGCCAGAGUCGCAGACUAGGAAGAAGAAGGAAGAUGUGGAAGAGGAUCAGGAUGAGCAGAAGGAAGACAAGGUUUGCAAGGAUGAAAAGCCAGGCAAGGUGAGCAAGACCAAGGGCAAAAAGGUUGAAACUACCAAGGGUCGCAAGGGAAAGAAAGAGGAGGGACAGGCAUCAGAUGGGAAGGAGAAACCGAAGCUAGAUGAUGAGGAGACCGUUGGGAAAAAGUUGAAGCCAAAGGUUCCCCCUUGUGAGAGCCAGGACCGCAAGGUUAACACUACUUUGGCCCCGAAGAGCAAAGCACGCAAGCGGAAACCCACCCAGGACGACACAGGGCUGGACAAACGAGACAGCAGUUCCAAGGGUUCCACCACAACCAAGGAUCAAAGCGACGAGAAGCCCAGCAGUUCCAAGGACAAGCCUUCCAGACGCAGGAAGGCCAGGGCCCCCAAAGGAUCCACAUCUAGCAAAAGCAAAAACUCAGAGGUAGAAAAGACUAAGUCCAAACGUGCAAAGGGAGAUGAGAAGAACAGCGAUGCCAAAGCAGCAGCAAAGGCAAAGUUGUCUAGGAAAUCAGCAGCGUAUCACAGAGCAAAAGUCGCAGCGUUGAAAGAGGGUAAAGAUGAGAAAACCGCAAAAGACCUUGGACGCGAGGUCACCAAUGCCUCCACGGUCUUCCCAAGCUGGCACUUGGGCAGUGCAGGCGCAGCUGCUCCGACGUCAUCCUGGGCAUGUUUGCAGCCAGCAGCCAGCAGUGAAGCCAUCAGCCGGUGGGAUCAGAUGACCUCCUAUCGUUUGAAAGCGGUUACCGAGCAGCAAGUGUGGACCGCUCGUCCUAUGGCUGGUGAUGGGGAUGCCUCCUGGAGGACGUAUCCCGUGCAGUACGGGAGGAACCUGCUCCAUGCCUUUGAGAAUCACAUUGGAUCUUGUCCUGUGCUUGGAGAUCCGGCAUUGACCAAUGAGCUCAUGUCGCUUCAGCAGGGGGAUUGCGAAACCGCUCGCAGGGAGCGGGUGGAAGCUUUGCGGAGGAAGUUGAGCAAUGUGGCUAGGCCUGAAGGUGAGGAACUCCAACGCCUUUUCCGUGCCCACGGAAGCUUUGAGACUUUGGAAGUGCAAGUGCGAAAGAAAUUCACAAAGGCCAUAGAGAAAGCAAAGUCAGGUGGUUGGUUUACGAAGCAAUACUUGGAGUCAAAAGAGCAUUGGUCAAUGGUGGCCAAAGCUGUCCAAUGGGCAAAGGCUUCAAACAAGCACCGGGUCUCCCCGGUGCACGGAGAAGAAGAAAUCUAUUUGAUCUUGAGUGAAACAUUCCAAGCAAAGGAGGUAGAACAGGAAGAGAUGAAUCGUGAAGGCAAUAUGGAAGUUCAGGACGAAGAAGGAUCCCUUUUCCAGACGGAAAUCCCGGAUUUGGCUGCCGGCGACGACGCGGUUCUGGCCUCCACUUUGCCCAGCUCUGGCAGCUCUGGCCCUGGCCAGGGCAAUGCACCUGCCGUGGCCGUGGGGAGCACCAGUGCAGUGAUGUCAUUCAAGUUGGCAACCCAAAUGGAGGCAGUCGUGCAGAAAAUGCAGGCCAAGUAUGAGGAUUUGACAGCGGAGCUUUCAGAGGCCACUGUGAAGCCUGAUGAAAUUGAGCUCUUUGUGGAAUGCACCAAGAUUGACGUCAACAUGAAUUCUUUGGUGAUGCGUGGAAAGGGGAUGAAAUCAUCCAGCUCGGCCUCGAAUGCUCCGAGCCGUGGCGGUGGUGCCCCGAAACCCAAAACAAAGGCCAAAGCAGCCCCCAAGCCCAAGCGUAAGAGCAGGCACACCUUCACAACACGCCUUCUCUACACAGUGCUUCCGUCGGAAAACUAUGCCCCCCGCAGCCGGACCCACGAUGGUCUUCUGCAGUUGCUGGUAGAUGACCUUGUCAGCUUGCAGCGGGACGGGAUUGAGGCCAAGUGGUCCUGA